GCAGGGCGCCUGCCGCGGAGGAGGGGCCGGCCGGUGGCACAGCACCCCGUCUCCCCGGAGGCCUGAGCCACCGGCUGGGUGCGGCCCCCCUGCCCAGGGCUUGGCCUCCCGCCUCCCAGCCUGCCCCUGGGGAGGGGCCACCUGGUGUCAAUUAAGCCCCAGUCACUCGGCCGCACCACGCCAGGCGGCUGAUUAGUGCCGCUGGCUUCUCCAGAUGGGGAGCACCAGCACCGGCUGAGGGGGACGCGCCAGGCCCGGCCAGGCCUCUCGGAGCCGCUCCGGAAGUCCCCGAUCUCAUCUGCAUCUAACAAGCCGCUGACCACGAUGCCCAGGGAAGAGCCCACAGCCAUCACGCGCCACCUCUAGACACCCCCAGACGCUCCUCCCCGGCCUGCCGACCUGUGGCUCGGGGACACGUCCCACCGCUCUCCUGACGUCUGUCUGCUGUCAGCCUCCUGAGAGGACAAGGCGGGGGGUGGGCAGACGCAGGAAAUCAUGCCACCGACGGCCACCCGGCAAUGAGCCGGUGACGCAGCGUUGACGUCAGAGACGGCGGAGGCUGAAACCUCUGGGCCACUGUGUCCCCGGCUCCUCUCUCGGCAGAGCCGCGUCCUGGCCCCUCCUGGAGGAUCCGUCUCGGCUGGAUAGGCUUCGGGGUCUUCAGGRUGGACCCUCGGAGGCCAGGCGCCAUGGAGGAGCACAUGUUCGGGGUUCAGCAGAUCCAGCCCAAUGUCAUCUCCGUCCGCCUCUUCAAGCGCAAAGUCGGGGGCCUGGGGUUCCUGGUGAAGGAGCGCGUCAGCAAGCCCCCCGUCAUCAUCUCGGACCUGAUUCGCGGGGGAGCCGCCGAGCAGAGUGGCCUGGUCCAGGCGGGGGACAUCAUCCUCGCCGUCAACGGCCGGCCCCUGGUGGACCUCAGCUAUGACAGCGCCCUGGAGGUGCUCCGSGGCAUUGCCUCCGAGACCCACGUGGUCCUCAUUCUGAGGGGUCCCGAGGGCUUUACCACGCACCUGGAGACCACCUUCACCGGGGAUGGGACCCCCAAGACCAUCCGGGUGACACAGCCCCUGGGACCUCCCACCAAAGCUGUCGAUCUGUCCCAGCAGCCCUCAGCCAGCAAAGAGCAGCUGCCCGCCGCGGGUGGGCCCCCGGGCCCCGGGAACGGGCCUCAGCAGGCCCAGGACGAGGGGCCGGAAGCCGGCUCGCUGCCCCAAGCCAACGGCCUGGCCCCCAGGCCCCCGAGCCAGGACCUGGCCAAGAAAAGCAGCAAGKCUGGCCCCCAGGGCGGCCCGGAGCAGAACGAACUGCUCAGAGAGAUCGAGCCUGUGCUGAGCCUUCUCACCAGCGGCCGCCCAGGGGCCGAGCGAGGGGCACCUGCCAAGGCGGAGACGAGAGACACAGGCGUCCAGGUGGACAGGGACCUGGAUGGCAAGUCACACCGAGCUCUGCCCCUCGGCGGGGACAAYGACCGCGUCUUCAAUGACCUGUGGGACCAGGGCGGCGCGCCCGUGGUCCUCAACAACCCCUACUCCGAGAGGGAACAGCCCCCUGCCUCGGGGAGACAGUCCCCCACAAAGAACGGCAGCCCCUCCAAGUGCCCCCGCUUCCUCAAGGUCAAGAACUGGGAGACGGACGUGGUUCUCACYGACACCCUCCACCUCAAGAGCACCCUGGAGACCGGCUGCACGGAGCACAUCUGCAUGGGCUCCAUCAUGCUGCCCUCUCAGCACACGCGAAGGCCCGAAGACGUCCGCACCAAGGAGCAGCUCUUCCCCCUGGCCAAGGAGUUCAUCGACCAGUACUACUCGUCCAUUAAGAGGUUUGGCUCCAAGGCCCACAUGGACCGGCUGGAGGAGGUGAACCGGGAGAUCGACAGCACCAGCACCUACCAGCUCAGGGACACGGAGCUCAUCUACGGGGCCAAGCACGCCUGGCGCAACGCCGCCCGCUGCGUUGGCAGGAUCCAGUGGUCCAAGCUGCAGGUGUUCGAUGCACGCGACUGCACCACGGCUCACGGGAUGUUCAACUACAUCUGCAACCACGUCAAGUACGCCACCAACAAGGGCAACCUCAGGUCGGCCAUCACCAUCUUCCCGCAGAGGACGGACGGCAAGCACGACUUCCGCGUGUGGAACUCGCAGCUCAUCCGCUACGCUGGCUACAAGCAGCCCGACGGCUCCACCCUGGGGGACCCGGCCAACGUGGAGUUCACCGAGAUCUGCAUCCAGCAAGGCUGGAAGCCCCCGCGGGGCCGCUUCGACGUGCUGCCCCUCCUGCUGCAGGCCAACGGCAAUGACCCCGAGCUUUUCCAGAUCCCACCUGAGCUGGUGCUGGAAGUGCCCAUCAGGCACCCCAAGUUUGACUGGUUCAAGGAYCUGGGCCUCAAGUGGUACGGCCUCCCCGCUGUGUCCAACAUGCUUCUGGAGAUUGGCGGCCUGGAGUUCAGCGCCUGUCCCUUCAGUGGCUGGUACAUGGGCACGGAGAUCGGUGUCCGCGACUACUGUGACAACUCCCGCUACAACAUCCUGGAGGAAGUAGCCAAGAAGAUGAACCUGGACAUGAGGAAGACGUCGUCCCUGUGGAAGGACCAGGCGCUGGUGGAGAUCAACAUCGCCGUCCUCUACAGCUUCCAGAGCGACAAAGUGACCAUCGUUGACCACCACUCUGCCACCGAGUCCUUCAUUAAGCACAUGGAGAACGARUACCGCUGUCGGGGGGGUUGCCCGGCUGACUGGGUGUGGAUCGUGCCCCCCAUGUCUGGCAGCAUCACRCCCGUCUUCCACCAGGAGAUGCUCAACUACAGGCUCACACCCUCCUUUGAGUACCAGCCCGACCCUUGGAACACCCACGUGUGGAAGGGCACCAACGGGACCCCCACAAAGCGGCGCGCCAUCGGCUUCAAGAAGCUGGCUGAGGCCGUCAAGUUCUCAGCCAAGCUGAUGGGACAGGCCAUGGCCAAGAGGGUCAAAGCCACCAUCCUCUACGCCACAGAGACGGGCAAAUCGCAAGCCUACGCCAAGACCUUGUGUGAGAUCUUCAAACACGCCUUUGACGCCAAGGUGAUGUCCAUGGAAGAAUACGACAUCGUGCACCUGGAACACGAGACGCUGGUCCUCGUGGUCACCAGCACCUUCGGCAACGGAGACCCCCCGGAGAAUGGGGAGAAAUUCGGCUGUGCKUUGAUGGAAAUGAGGCACCCCAACUCCAUGCAGGAGGAGAGGAAGUACCCGGAACCCUUGCGUUUCUUUCCCCGUAAAGGGCCUUCCCUCCCCCCUGGUGACACUGAAGUCCACGGUCUGGCUGCCGCCCGUGACAGCCGGCACAGGAGCUACAAGGUCCGGUUCAACAGCGUCUCCUCCUACUCUGACUCGCGCAAAUCAUCAGGCGAUGGGCCWGACUUCAGAGACAACUUUGAGAGUGCUGGACCCCUGGCCAAUGUGAGGUUCUCGGUGUUCGGCCUCGGCUCCCGGGCCUACCCCCACUUCUGCGCCUUYGGACACGCCGUGGACACCCUCCUGGAAGAGCUGGGAGGGGAGAGGAUCCUGAAGAUGAGGGAGGGGGACGAGCUCUGUGGGCAGGAGGAGGCUUUCAGGACGUGGGCCAAGAAGGUCUUCAAGGCGGCCUGUGACGUGUUCUGCGUGGGGGACGACGUCAACAUCGAGAAGGCCAACAACUCCCUCAUCAGCAACGACCGCAGCUGGAAGAGGAACAAGUUCCGCCUCACCUACGUGGCCGAAGCACCAGAGCUUACCCAGGGGCUCUCCAUCGUCCACAAGAAGCGAGUCUCGGCCGCGCGACUCCUGAGUCGACAGAACCUCCAGAGCCCCAAGUCCAGCCGCUCAACCAUCUUUGUGCGUCUCCACACCAACGGGAAUCAGGAGCUCCAGUAUCAGCCUGGGGACCACCUGGGCGUCUUCCCUGGCAACCAUGAGGACCUCGUGAAUGCCCUCAUCGAGCGCCUGGAGGACGCACCCCCUGUCAACCAGAUGGUGAAAGUGGAGCUGCUGGAAGAACGGAACACAGCUUUGGGCAUCAUCAGCAACUGGAAGGACGAGUCCCGCCUCCCGCCCUGCACCAUCUUCCAGGCCUUCAAAUACUACCUGGACAUCACCACGCCACCCACGCCCCUGCAGCUGCAGCAGUUUGCCUCCCUGGCCACCAGCGAGAAAGAGAAACAGCGCCUGCUGGUCCUCAGCAAGGGCUUGCAGGAGUACGAGGAGUGGAAAUGGGGCAAGAACCCCACCGUGGUGGAGGUGCUGGAGGAGUUCCCAUCCAUCCAGAUGCCGGCCACCCUGCUCCUCACCCAGCUGUCCCUGCUGCAGCCCCGCUACUAUUCCAUCAGCUCCUCCCCGGACAUGUACCCCGACGAGGUGCACCUCACCGUGGCCAUCGUCUCCUACCACACCCGAGAUGGAGAAGGACCAAUUCACCAUGGUGUGUGCUCCUCCUGGCUCAACCGGAUACAGGCUGGAGAAGUGGUCCCCUGUUUCGUGCGGGGUGCACCCAGCUUCCACCUGCCCCGAAACCCCCAGGUCCCCUGCAUCCUGGUCGGCCCAGGAACUGGCAUCGCACCUUUCCGAAGCUUCUGGCAGCAGCGGCAAUUUGACAUUCAACACAAAGGAAUGAGUCCCUGCCCCAUGGUCCUGGUCUUCGGGUGCCGGCAAUCCAAGAUAGACCACAUCUACAGGGAGGAGACCCUACAGGCCAAGAACAAAGGGGUCUUCCGAGAGCUGUACACGGCCUACUCCCGGGAGCCAGACAAACCAAAGAAGUACGUGCAGGAUGUCCUGCAAGAUCAGCUGGCCGAGACUGUGUACCGAGCCCUGAAGGAGCAAGGGGGCCACAUUUACGUGUGUGGAGAUGUCACCAUGGCCGCCGAUGUCCUCAAAGCCGUGCAGCGCAUCAUGGCCCAGCAGGGGAAGCUCUCGGAGGAGGAUGCCGGAGUAUUCAUCAGCAGGCUGAGGGAUGACAACCGGUACCAUGAGGAUAUCUUUGGAGUCACCCUGAGAACCUACGAAGUGACCAACCGCCUUAGAUCUGAGUCCAUUGCCUUCAUUGAAGAGAGCAAAAAAGAGACAGAUGAGGUCUUCAGCUCCUAAGUGGAUUCUCCAGCCUAGAGGGACAGCAGGCGGCCACCCCAAGUGCUGCACAGGGGCGGCUGCGGGCUUCCGACGGGCGCACACACGGCUGCUCCUUUCCUCCAGGACCCCCGGGUCCCCGCUCUGCCUCUCGUCCUGUUGCUGUGUCCUGGUGUCCCCCUCUGGGUUCCUGCCCCCGCAGUGGCUUCCUCGGCACCCCCGGGUCUGCUCCUUGAGUUUUCCUGCCUCGACGCGACACCUUCGUACCCUGCGGUGGCUCUCCCGAAACCACGCCUCACUGCUGUCCUGCCGAUGACGACGAGGGCAGAUGGCGGGUGCAUGAAACCACCGGAUCGUGGCCACUGCUCCUCUGGGGUCUGUCUUCUGCUGUCCCCUGGGAAGGCUGCAGGUUCUGGACAGAAGCCUUCUGAGCUGGUCCCUCUGGAGUCCCCCCUCCUUUCUCACGAUCCCCGUUUUGGUCGUGUGUGUGACGUGCGCGGGACGGGCCCGGGUCUCCGUCUGUCCUCUUGCCCGUGUAAGACUGUCCACCUUAGACCUGCGUCCACUGCCUUCGUGAAAGACCCUUGGUGCCAAGAAACGUGAAUCCUCCUGUGUCUGUCAUGGAGGGUCUGCGCUGACGUCCCUUAAAACACUCUGAGGCUCCCCAAAGAAGGGUUAGGGAAUGAGGAGGGGGCUGUGGUGGUGGAGGGGACAGUCUCCCCGUGAAAUGGCAAGUCGUGGAUUCGAUGCAUCUGGAUUCUGAGGCCAGUCGGUGGAGUCCUUACCAUACCACCAAAGGCCUGGGCAGACCCCUCCCCAAGCCCACCUGCCCCAGCCAGCAUGGCCCCGCCACGUUCAUCGAGCCCUUCCCAGGGAUCCCAUCCUGGGGUCCACGGGAACCUGCUGGACAUACCGUCUUCCCACUUGGCUGAUACGGAUGAGUCGYUUGUCCUAAGUUUCCCCGAAUCAAAUUGCUACCGACCUGAAAGGGACGAAGGGGUGGAGCCUAACGUUUCACAGCGUGGGCCUUCUGUCAAAGGGGAACACGGUGGUCAUUAUUUUCUUUUUCCUCCAAGCAGGGCUUGCGGCUUUACCUUAGGAUAAAAAAUACGUGGCGAGGUCAGAUAAAAGGGAUCUGAGUGGACGGAGGCCCCCUAUGGAUUUUUUCUCUAGGAACCCUGGGGCUUUCCGCUUUCUAAAAUUGGCCUCUGGAUUAUUGAACCUGCCGAAAUAAUUUUUGGCAAAUAAAUAAUACCUUCCACUCAGAUCCAAAAAAAAAAAAACUGGGUAACCAAGUCUCCGGCAGGAAUCAGGGCAGGUGGCCUGCAGAGUUUGCCCCCUGGGAGUGAAUGAGGAGGGAGGUGCCUCCCACACUCAAGUGCUAAAAUCAAUGUCAGGCAGCGUCCAAAUCCCAUGACACCCCCCCCCACCUCACCCUCCAGGGUCCAGCGGUGGGUCCAUUCUAGCCUUCUGUCAUGUUGGUUUUGUUUUGUCCCACAGAAGAACUCUGUCCCCUUGAGGUCCUAUGCAGGACAUCGCCUUCCUGAUGCUCAGUGUAKAGGGUGGACAGAGAGAAAGUACCACCGUGGCCCACGGGGAAGGGCUUUACCGRUGGGGUAUCAAGACCCCAAGGAUCUUGAAAGGACCAGCCACAGCUCAUCUUCGCCCACCGUCCCCGGCAGCCCCCAUGGGUGUCCCUGGCAUCUGGAGUUUGUCCCAGUUCUAAUCUCUCCCGCCUCCGGUUAACCCCAGGUUUUCUGGUUCAGGCUUCCACGGAUGCAGAGACUCAGCCCUUGGUGUCCCGUAGCCACCCUUUCCCAUCUGGAGGGAAGCCAGCUCCAACCUCCUCAGUCCUGCCAGCUUGAUGCUGGGCUCCUAGUAGCUUUUCUCCCGGGCAYUUUUUAAAUGGUUUUUCCAACCCUUUGAACCCUUGGGGACACUUUCUAAGAUGUCUCUAGUUCCCCAGGACCGAAUGAUUAGGUCAACCUCCAUCAAAGAGGAAUCCAUCACCACUUCCCUCUCCAAACCAAGUUUCCGCUGCUGAAUGAGGAGCGCUUAGUGUGUGCCGGGCACCUGCCGCCUGUACACCUCUCCCUUCUAGAAGCUGGGGACAGAUGGAAACAUCUUUUCGUUUUGUCAGAGAGUCCAGAGAAAUAAUCAUAUAACCAGCAUUCAUCCUUCUGCCCAAGCAGGGCUUCUUUUUUUUUGUUUUUUAACCUCAGACACAAACAGCUUCAUAACUCCCUGUUAGAGGACAGGAGACCAAGCUGAUGUGUUUUUCUCCUGGGCGGAGAUUUCCCACCCCAGAGAGCCCCACCCUACUGCUUAGCCCGGGGAAGAGGCAGCGACCACUGUGGGUUGAGCUCCGGUCCAGGGUGGGCGGAUGCUGCCCCCUGCUGGCGGCAUCUAGUYCAGUCCCCAGAACCAACCACAGGAGCAAGACACAGGUUAGCAAUGGGUAAACCAAAGGGUUACCCAGGUAGGGGUCCCUUUAUUUGCCUCUCCCUGCUAAACUGGUAGCUCUGACCAUAACCCACCUCCCAAAAGUGGGUUUGUCCAGGAAGCUCAUGAGAYAGUCCUGAAACAGGGACACAGGCACAUCAGACUGUACCGUCCCCACUGUGACCACAGCCCCACGCCUCGUGUGGGGAAGAACACCGUUGAGCCCCCUGGGAGGAGAGAGGCCCUUCCUUGGUGUCCUGGGUGUGUGACAGCCAGGCGUUCUGUUUUGGUUUGGUUUGGUUUGGGGUUUUUUUGUUGUUGUUGUUAUUUUUUAAGGGGAAACACUGAAGAUCCACCAAAACGGAGUUUUAGAACAGACCUGGGUCCCUUUUUAAGCAGGUGGCCSUGAUGACUUGACCUUUCCAGGUCUGUAGAUCCUCCUGUCCAACAAGGGGAUCCUGAGACGAUGCCCAGGAACGGCACCCGGCCCAAAAGCCCACGAAUUUUGAUUUCUCACUUACUGGUACCAUGCCUGGCCUCCCCGGGGUGUGGAAGGUGUCUGCAGAGACUAGCAAAGUGUGGCUGCUGCCCUGCAGAAGGCUGGAAUCCGGUGGGCAGGGAGAUGCCCUCAGGAUGGAUUGCGUGUCUGGGGCAUGGGGGAUGCGUAGGAUUUCACCAUGGACAAUGGAAGACGAGUGGCCGCAGGGGGAGGAGGAGGAAUCCGAGGCAGGCGUAGGCAGGGAGUGUGGGGUGCUUCGGGGCUGGUUUGGAGGCAGAGCCAGGUAGAACUGCUGAGGGGGAACCCUGGGACAGUGGCCAGGACCAGAUAGCGGGGCGAGGUGAGCGGCAAAGCAGGGCUUAGACGGUGCCUAGUAGGUGACAGAGAGGUCCUGACGGGUGUCUUCCCCAAAGGGAAAUGAAGGUGAUUGGAAUUAUGUUGCCAGAGAAGGUUCUGACCACAGGCUAGAGUGUGCAGGGCUGAACCGCGGACGGACAGUUGCUGUCCCUAAGGCGUGAGCCAGACAGGAGGCAGCAGUAAUGAUACACAGAGUCCAGGGGCUGAACCAGCAGGACCGGAUGCCCUUUGGACAGUGAGGAUUAAAAAAAAUUGGAGCUGUAAAAAGGUCGGGCUCCCAGGGAAGGUGAGUUUGCAGCCUUGACCCGACGGCCAGCUCUCUGCAGGUCCAGAGUGAGCCCUUCCAAGGUCCAACAGGGUCCAGAUGCGCACCAUGAAAACGGACUCUUAACUGGAGAUGCUGGCCUAGGAACGGAGGCUCCUCCUGCCAACCRCUCCGAGCAGCCACCUGCUUUGGGCUUCCAAGGAGGUCAGGUUUUGCCCUAAGCCCACAACAAGGCAGUGCUGUUCUGACCUAUAUUGGGGGGCAAAUGGUUCCUGCUGCAGCGGGCAAGCUAGCUGCCUGCGCCACUCCACARCCCCCGCCCACCCGCAGCGCAGCCGUGGGGCACAGUGGGCUCCGGGGUUGGGUUUCAGUCCAGCCGCGGUUCCUGAGUGGUUCCACCUCACUCCCCGGGUCUCCAGCAAGAAGUCUUGCCCCCAAGCCUCUCGCCAAAACAUCAAGUCGCCCAGGACUGCCGGCAGGAGUCUUCCCCACGUCUCCAGGAUCGAAUGUCCCCUUGGGCUCCAAAAUUCCAGGCCAGGAGCCGGGAUGGGAGGUCUAGAGGGGCUGAGAGCUGGCCACCCCCCAAGGACUCGACAYCAAUGGUCCCGUCGUGUGGAUUUUGGCUUUCAGGAGCUGAUGCUGGCCUGGUCCCCUCUCCCUCUCUCACUGACCCAUCCUCAGCCCACCCCCAGUCCCCACCUGGUGGACAGAGGACCCAAGCAGUCCUCAUUYUCCCCCAGACCCUCUGUGACUCCAGCAUGGGAUCUGGUAGCCUUCAGUGUCUGUUCCCCGUUGAGCGUCCCAAAUCUCCAAUCCAGAAUGCCUCCAAAUCCAAAACUUUGGGCACCCACACCGCAGUGCAAAUGGAAAAUUCAAUUUAUGCACAAAACUAUUAGAAAUAUUGUAUAAAGCCACCCUCAGGCCAUGCAUAUGAGGGGUAUAUGAAAUCUAAAUGAGUUUCCUAUUUAGACUUGGUCCCACCCCCCCAAGAUAUCUCAUUAUGUAUAUGCAAAUAUUUCCAAUUUUUUUUUUUUAAAUCCAGAAUCCAAAACACCCCUGGUCCCAAGGACUUCACCUAAGGGGCAUGCAACCUGUAAUACUGGCAAGGGAGAUGGUCCAAGUUUACAUGCCUUAGCGAAUUUAUGAGUUCGUUUUGUCCCUUGAAAUAUCUAAAUGGUUCUGGUCAAGCAGGCACAUCUAAUUCAGUGAUGAGCAUGGUGGCCUUGGCAGGCAGGGGACAAUGCCUUGGCAUGCUGCUUCCUGAAGUCUUUUCGACAAUGACUCCAUACAUGCAAGUGCCCAGAUUUGGCUUCGAACCUCCCAGAGACUCUAAUCCUGAGCCCAUCAACCUCAGCAUUAUUGGUGUUUGAGGCUCGGCCAUUCUUUAUCACGGUGGCAUCCCGGGCGUCAUAGGAUGUUGAGUAGCAUUGGUGACACGCACCCAAAAGUUGCUGAUAUCCAUCUCCUGCCAAUCGUGAGAACCAAAUGGGUCAUUGCACAGUGUUCAUUGUCCCCUGGGCAGGCAGCGUCUGGCACCCCUUGGGCUGAGAACCACGGCUCCUGGCCAUCGGGGACAACAGGAUGCCUACCAGCCACCCCAGGCCUUCCCAUUACAGACCUCUUGGAGAAGGUCAUCAUCCACUGCCAAACCGAGAUUGAAGGACUUACGCAGCUUCACGAGCCCCCCGCUGCACCAGAAAGAUGGGGGGGCUCUGUUUUGCUAAGAUGCUCCGUCCUGGGUGUCCAUUCUAACCAAGCCCCUGGUAGCCUGGUGCAGUCUUGUGCUGGCUCUGAGGUCCCCUUGUGCUCCCCAUCAUUUUUGUCACUGUGUUGUGGUUGUGACUGUCAUUACCCACUCCAGGCUCACGGGUGGUUUUCUACAAGGACCAGAGAGCUGGACGGGUCAUCGUAGGUGUCCACUCUGUACCCGUAGGUGUCCACUCUGGGCCUGGGGAGGCUGGGGAGGUGGCCGGAGCUGGGGUCCCCUCUCUCACACACACACACACACACACACACACACACACACACACACGCUGUCAGGAACUCAGAUGCCCCUACCUCUGAGCUCUCAAUGCUGCUAACCUGCCCCGUGUCCUGUGUGCUCGCCCCAGCACUUUCCUCAAGGACCGACGCCCACCCCGUGCCCUUUGCGAGUUUGGCGCAUGCUCUUCUUCUGUAUAGUCCUCAUCUUCCAAUUUUAUGGGAUGUAACAGAAGUCUACAUCUGCCUGUUUGCAUUAUGGUUAAAAUAUUAAAA